AACAGCUCCAACAGCUCAAAAACCCGGAGCUCCAUAGCUUUCGUAUUUGGUUUGGAUUUCUGUUUGGUGGAAUUCGGUUUCGGUUUCCGACUCGGAUUCGCUUGGAGCCAGGCAAAGGCAUCACAGAUCGGUGCAACAUAACAACUCCGCGUUGCGUGACAAAAGACUUGGCGAAUCUCCGCAUUUUAAGUGCCGCCGCUUGCUCUUCAAGUCUUCAAAUCUUCCGAGACUUCGAGUGACUGAGUGUGUGUGUGUGUGUGUGUGUGGGAAAUUGGCCAAACAACAAUAGAAAUCCGCAACAAAAGGCAUCCAAAGCGGUUUUAAUUGUGCACAAACAGCCGGGGCCUGAAGUUCGUGGAAAAAUCGGCACAGCUAAAUCGGUAACAAAUUGAUUGAAACUCAAUCUGGAAACUCGAUCGAACGAGAAAUACGAAUCGGAGGAAAAUUAACAAGAAACAAAACGAAGACUCCCAGGACUCAGCUCGGUUCAGGAUGUCGUCGAGCUUACGCAAAACCUCCUUGGCGCUGAUGAGGCGCUCCACUUCCAGCACCACCGUCAGCACCACCUUGCCACAUCCUGCGGCAGUGUCGCCGCCCAGCAGCGGUGUGGGCCUGGCGACGGAAAUUGAAAAAUCAAUUGCAAUGCAGCGACUGCGACAAGGAGAGGCGGCGAAUCUCAAGAAAUUAAAUGCCAGCCACCAGGUCGUGGCAGCAGCAGCAACCACUCAUCCAAAAGCCACGACAGCAGUUCAUGCCACAGCCACUUCCUCGACUGCGGCUCCUGCCGUCCGUCCCUACUCGGAGGUGCCGGGUCCAUAUCCCCUGCCACUGAUUGGCAACUCCUGGCGCUUUGCUCCCCUAAUUGGAACCUACAAAAUUAGCGACCUGGACAAGGUUAUGAACCAGCUGCAUGUCGACUACGGAAAGAUGGCCAAAGUUGGCGGUCUGAUUGGUCAUCCGGAUCUGCUGUUCGUCUUCGAUGGCGAUGAGAUUCGGAAUAUAUUCAAGAAGGAGGAGGCGAUGCCCCAUCGACCUUCGAUGCCCUCACUGCGCCAUUACAAGGGCGACCUGCGACGCGAUUUCUUUGGCGAUGUGGCCGGCCUAAUUGGCGUGCACGGACCCAAGUGGGAGGCCUUCAGGCAGGAGGUGCAGCACAUCCUGCUGCAGCCGCAGACGGCCAAGAAGUACAUACCGCCGCUGAAUGACAUUGCCAGCGAGUUUAUGGGCCGGAUUGAGGCGAUGCGCGACGAAAAGGACGAGUUGCCAGCCAAUUUCCUGCACGAGCUGUACAAAUGGGCCUUGGAAUCUGUGGGUCGCGUUUCCCUGGACACGAGACUGGGAUGCCUGUCGCCCGAGGGCAGCGAGGAGGCCCAACAGAUCAUCGAUGCUAUCAACACGUUCUUCUGGGCCGUUCCAGAACUGGAGCUAAGGAUGCCCCUGUGGCGUCUAUAUCCCACCAAGGCCUAUCGCAGCUUUGUCAAGGCCUUGGACCAGUUCACAGCAAUCUGCAUGAAGAACAUUGGAAAGACCAUGGACAAGGCCGAUGCGGAUGAGGCCCAGGGACUGCCCAAAUCGGAGGCCGCAAUCUCCAUUGUGGAAAGGAUUGUGCGAAAGACAGGCAAUCGCAAGCUGGCUGCUGUUCUGGCCCUGGAUCUGUUCUUAGUUGGUGUGGAUACAACCUCAGUGGCAGCCUCUUCUACCAUCUAUCAGCUGGCCAAGAAUCCAGAGAAGCAGCACCGUCUCUUUGAGGAACUGCAGAAGGUGUUUCCCCAUCGCGAGGCUGAGAUCAACCAGAAUGUCCUGGAGCAGAUGCCCUAUCUGCGUGCCUGUGUGAAGGAGACUCUGCGAAUGCGACCCGUGGUGAUUGCCAAUGGAAGGAGCCUCCAGUCGGAUGCUGUCAUCAACGGCUACCACGUGCCCAAGGGCACGCACGUCAUCUUCCCCCAUUUGGUGGUGUCAAACGAUCCCGCAUAUUUCCCGGAACCCAAACGCUUUCUGCCCGAACGCUGGCUGAAACAGUCCACGGCGAGUGCAGAUGCAGGUGGAUGUCCCCAUGCCAACCAGAAGAUUCACCCGUUUGUAAGUUUGCCCUUUGGCUUUGGACGUCGCAUGUGCGUGGGUCGCCGCUUCGCCGAAAUUGAGUUGCACACGCUUCUGGCCAAGAUCUUCCGCAAAUACAAGGUCUCGUACAACUCGGGGGAGUUUGUGUACCGUGUGAACUCCACGUACAUUCCGCAGUCGCCGUUGAAUUUCAAGCUGACGCUGAGGGAGGAGUGAGCAGCUCUCCGAAGGGACACACGGACCCAGAGCUGUUUUCUGCUCAUUUCUAAGCUGCAGCCAGACACACGGCGGAUGUGUGAUAUUUAUAGUCAAAGCCCAGCUGCUGCUGCUGCUGCGAUGUUUCUUUUUAAUUAAGCAAAUGUACAUAAUAACGCAGUGCGGACAGUUACAGAGCAACGCGCAUCCAUGGACAGAUAUUUAUGUGGGUGCGUGUUGCUGAAUAAACGUCGUGUAUUAAUGUGGAUACAUGUGUAUAUAGAACCCAUUAUAUUCGCUCCCCCAUAUUUCUAGUUCUAGUGUUUCCUUUUGUCGCC